CCAUGUUUGAUAUGUACAGUGGGUGUUGCGUACAUACAACCGAAACAAUAAGGGAGACCCACCCACUCGUGGUGAAACUGCAGCACGUCCUUCCUGACAGUGUUUCCACCCAGAGAAGCCCGGACGACUACAGCUUCAGUCGCCAGCAUGAGUUACCCUGGAUAUCCCCAGCCCGGCGGUGGGUACCCACCCCAGGGGGGCGGCUAUCCCCCCCAAGCAGGCGGCUAUCCCCCGCAACCUGGAGCCUACCCCCCACAGCCUGGGGCCUACCCUCCUCAAGCUGGGGGAUAUCCCCCUCAGGGCGGCGGCUAUCCUGGGCAGCCAGGCGGCUACCCUCCCCAGGCAGGAGGCUACCCCCCCCAGUCCGGCGGCUAUCCUGGGCAGCCAGGCGGCUACCCUCAGCAGCCGGGCGGCUAUCCCCAGCAACCGGGCGGCUUUCCCCAGCAACCGGGCGGCUUUCCCCAGCAACCGGGCGGCUUUCCCUCCAUGCCUCCCGGCGGCAGUAACACUGGUUGGGGAAGUGGACCGGGCUUUGGAGCGCCCCAGGGCGGUGGAGGCAUGCCCCAGGGAUAUCCAGGUGGUCCCGCCCCAGGCCAGCAGCCCAUGCCAAAUUACCCAGGAGCCCCUGCAGCUAACCCGUCCAUGCCGGCCUAUGGAGGGGGGGGUCCUGCAGCACCGAUGGCCCCAGCUGUUAAUAGAGGAUACCGGGGCUCAAUCAAGGACUUCCCCGGAGCGGACCCUCUGAGGGACGUGGAGGUCCUCCGGAAGGCCAUGAAGGGCUUCGGCACUGAUGAGCAGGCUAUAAUCGAGCUGCUCGGAAACCGCACUACCAAGCAGCGUGUGCCGUUGCUGGCGGCCUAUAAAACCACGUACGGAAAGGAUUUGAUUUCCGAUUUGAAGUCGGAACUCACCGGAAACUUCGAGCACCUCGUCAUGACCAUGUUGAGGACUCCUGCUCAGCUUGCCGCUCAUGAGCUUAAGGAUGCCAUUCAGGGAGCUGGCACAGACGAGGCCUGCCUCAUCGAGAUCCUGGCUUCCCGCGACAACGCUGAGAUCCACGAAAUCAACGCAAUUUACAAAGCAGAUUAUGGCAAGAAACUGGAGGAUGCGAUCAUUAGUGACACGUCAGGACACUUCCGCAGGCUGCUGGUCUCCCUUUCUCAGGGUAACAGAGAUGAGAGGGAAACGGUGGACAUCUCCGUGGCUAAACAGGAUGCCCAGAAACUCCACGCAGCGGGGGAGAACAAGGUGGGGACUGACGAGUCGCAGUUCAACGCCAUCCUGUGUGCAAGGAGCAAGCCUCACCUCAGAGCAGUGUUCCACGAGUACCAGCAGAUGAGCGGGAGGGACGUGGAGAAGAGCAUCUGCAGGGAGAUGUCUGGAGACCUGGAGAGCGGCAUGGUGGCUGUGGUGAAGUGCAUCAAGAACACGCCAGCCUACUUCGCGGAACGACUGCACAAGGCCAUGCAGGGAGCUGGGACCAAGGACAGGACCCUGGUGCGGAUCAUGGUGUCCCGCGCGGAGGUGGACAUGCUGGACAUCCGUCAGGAGUAUGCGCAGAAAUACGGGAAGUCCCUGUACACGCACAUCUCUGGCGACACCUCUGGUGAUUACAAGAAGCUGCUGUUAAAACUGUGUGGUGGAAAUGACUAGAGGGGUUGAAGUCGUCACAAAGUUCUGGAAGUUCUGGAAGGUCUGGCAAUCGAAACGUUGUGAACAGGUGCCCCUGUACCUCACAGUAGUGUGCACGCCAUAGCAAUGCAUGAUGUGUCUGUGUUUUUUUAGUCCCCAUCAAGGCAAGUUUUUACAUAUAUACUUAUACGUGGCUAGGCUUUUAUAUCCUGUAAUGAGAGAGGUAUAGCAAAUAUAAGAUGAUUCCUGAUGUAUAAUCAUUAAGUGUGCGUAUUGUUUGACUGAAUAUUUUGAGUAUGUAUCUCAGACUAAAUGUCAAAUAUGUGUCAUGUGUCUCAGCCAACUCUAUUGAAAGUACCAUAUUAAUCGUGUAACAGCACUGACUGCCAAAUAUUAAUGUAGCCAUUCUAUUAACAAAUCUGCAAUUGUAAUGCCUCUGCUUAUAAUCCUAUGCAAUUUAACAAAAUAUUGUAAAAUUAAAUCUUAGAUUUAUGUUUGUAAUGUAAGUAAUCUUAGCUCUGCUGCAAAACAAAUUUGACACAAUUUUUUUUUUUUUUACCAAAACAUCUUUGGAAGAUGAAAUUGUUUUUUCUGAAUAAAAGUCCAGACAUUUAUGCAGUAAA